UUGGCCUUGUCAGCGUGUGUUUUUGCAGCCGUGCGCGGCAUACGCUGCUCUGCGAACACUUGUGAGCUGUUCAAAAAAGCAGCCGCGCCCCAGCCGUCGCAAAACCGCUGCAAGAACGGCGCGCUCAUUAGCACUCCUCGCCACGGUCUCAGCCAUGGCCCCGCUCCUCGCGCCCCAGUCGUCCCCAUUACAAAAGGCGGCAUCCAGCAAACCAAGGCCGCCCGUACCGAACGUAUGCGUCGUUACCGGCGGCACGGGCUUCGUCGGGCAACGGCUCGUUGAGAUGUUAGUCGAGCGAGGGGCCAAAAAGGUCAUCUCCCUCGACAUCGUGCCGCCGCCCAAGGACGCGUGGCAGCACCCGGCCAUCGACUGGCGCGUCUGCGACGUGACCGAUAAAGAGGGCGUCUCCGCGGCGAUAAAAGGCGCCGACUGCGUCUGGCACAACGCCGCAGCGGUCGGACCCUUCCACCCGACGCCUCUCUACACGCGCGUCAACUACGAGGGCACGCUGAAUGUCUUGGAUGCGUGCCGGAAGCACGGCGUGCCGAAGCUCGUCUUUUCGUCGUCGCCGUCGACGCGGUUCACGGGCGCCGACGUCGACGGGUUGAGGGAGGACGAGAUGCCCUCGUUACCGCUCAAAUCCUACCUCCAGGAGUACGCCGCGACGAAGGCUCGGGCGGAACUUGCGGUAAGAGCAGCCUGUUGUGACGAGUUGAUGACGGUGAGUGUCGCGCCGCACCAGGUGUAUGGUCCGAGAGAUAAUUUAUUCCUGCCGAAUUUAUUGGAGGCGGCGGGGACGGGCCGCUUACGCGUCUUCGGCAAGGGAUUUAAUAGAAUUUGCUUCACGCACGUCGACAACUACUGCCACGGGUUAAUUAUUGCCGAACGGGCCCUCAAGAAAAACUCGCCAGCUCUGGGAAAGUUCUACAUCACGACAGAUGGUAGGACCCACCCGAACGACGAACAGUACCUCAUCUUCUGGAAAGAGUUAGAUAAAGCCGUGGUGGGCAUGGGCUUUACGUCGUUGUGGGAUAAAACUCAUUUGGCGACGUGGUUUCUAACGCCCUUAGCUUAUGUCUGUCGAGGCCUCGAGAUUGUGCUACGUACAACAAUCAAGCUGAACCCGUUCAACGUUAGAGUAUUGACGAUGCACCGGUGGUUCGACAUUGUGAAUGCGGAGCGCGACCUCGGCUUCGAGCCGAUCAUUCCCUACGAACAGGGCUGGGCCGAGACCAUCGCCUGGUUCAAGGACCACUGGCUGCCGAAGUUCAACGCCUCGGAUAAAGGCAUCCGGGGCAUCGCCGCGCAAAGCCAGGCGAAGAUCGACAUCCAGGAGGCGUCGCGGCGGGAGGACUUGAAGCGGGGGAAGGCUUAAUAUUUGAUUCUC